UUCUGAUAGCGAGGAUACCGAUCAAACCGCGAAAUUAGAUAUAUUCAUUUCAACUUAACUCGUGGCCACCCCGCUGCUUCCCAUUUUUUCAAAAACACCAAACCUUGCCUCUUCGUUCGCAGCCAUCACAGGAUUCUACUUGCUUCAUUUUCCAUCCGAAAUGUUCGUUUCAAGGUCCGCCAUUGUUGGCCUACUGCUGCCCUCAGCAUCCGCCGUUUCACAUAGCGCAAAGGAGGGGUUCGUAUCGACUCUUGAUGCAUUGAACUGGCUUACGGGUAACAAGGGCGAAGAGCUUGGAAAAGUCGAGGUGAAGACUACUAAGGUUGAUCGCACGAAUUGUGGCUUUCCCCUGAGGAGAUACAGAAAGGACUCUGAUGUGUCUUGGUGGUUUUUACCUGGCAUCUGCCUCGCAAAUAGUUUCUUGGAGGGCAUCUUUUGCCGUCUCUUCUCAUCACCCUCCUGGUUUCAAUCUUUUACUGUCAGUUGGAUCCCAAAGCGAAUCGAAUAG